AUGGCGCUCAUCAUGCCAGUGGGCCGCGGCCGUGCAAACCGCCGGGCUCCACCGGCUGUGUGCCAUGCUCGGGUGAUUUGGGCUAGCCGACGAGCCGCUGGGGGCUUCAACGCGUCUGCGCUGCUUGUGUUGACGCUGCCGCUCAUGACCUUCCUGGGAGGCAACCAGGCGGGUCCCCAUCGCCGUUCUGCUCAUGGAGCAUUUGCAGCAAGGUCCUGGCGGGGUCGUGGUCGUGCGGCCACCACUAGGAAUGCGCUGGGGCCAUUGAGCUGUGAUCGUUGGUGGUGGACUGGUGGGGCUGGAGAUGAGAGUGAAGAGGAGAUUAUGGUUUUCGUUCCGAUUCCUGAUGGAGCUAAAGUGGAAGAUGUCGUGGUGGACAUCAGGCACACGCAGCUGACUGUGGGCCUUAAGGGCGAGGCUCCGGUGCUCGAUGGACCCUUGUGGAAGCGCAUCAAGGCAGACGAGUCUGGGUGGGUCAUUGACCAGGAGGAUGGACAGCGCUGCAUCAUCGCAACUCUAAUAAAGAACGACGUGUGGAUUGACUACGACUAUCUCCUGAAGUCGCACGCACGGCGAUUAUCCAGUGCAGAAGACAGAGAAGACAAAAAGUGCAAUGCCGCCUGGAAGCAGCAACUGAACCUACUCGAGAGUUUGCACCUUGGACUACGCAAGAAGAAAUCAGAAGAGGAUAAAUGCUUCGAAUGGAACUGCCGCGCAGAGCUUAUCGAGUAUGGUCGUGUAAACUUGGCGAGGCAUGCAGCGAGCAGUUGGGUGGUUCUGCACACACGCGGUGGCGGCCGCUUCAUGCCUCCGGCAGACAGGCGCACCUCACAGGGGCUCUACAUUCUCUACAUCUGCACGCAAGUUGCCGUGAAAAACUUCACCGACGUGCGCCACACCGCCCUGGCUGACGGAGGCGCUCUUAGUGCUUCUGUGAAUCCUAUUGAAUUCUGUGAUCAGACCGAGACCGAAAACACCGAAGAAAGAUUCUCAGGCAUCACUGGUUUUGUGAGCGCUGGCCAGAUGAUCCACGACACUCAAGCACUCAUUCCGCUGACGCGUGACGAUCGCGGUCUUGUGUCGCGUUUGCCUUGCCUCUCUGUGCUGGAGCUGAACCAGACUUUUGACAUGAACGCGCGUUGUCCUUCGGAGUGUCCAUACCACGCCUUGGCUCCUGACCUGGGGUUCUGCAGCGCUGCCUGUGUGCGCCCUUCCAGCUGCGCAGCCUUCAAUCCAGAUGCACCAGUGGAAGACGCCAGCAGGGGCAUCUGUUGCUUUCGGCCAAGCCUCGAUGGCACAGACACGUGCAUCACAUGCGGGCCUUGGUAUGACCGCACCGAAGAUGGGCAGUGCAGAGCACGCUACAUGUGGGCAGCCUGGACUGGCUUGGGGCUUCUUGCUGCGCUGGCUAUCGCCAUAGUUGUCUAUGUGGUGGACUUGAACUUCCGCUCAACUGUGAACUCUGCUGGCUUGGAGUGUGGCCUUGCAAGCAGGUCAAGACAGAAGUAUCGCACAGGUCCGGCACGAGAGUUGUGGUCCUUAACCACGAAUCUCUGUGACACCUGCGUCGGGGGGCCGGGCCUUCUGCUUUACUUCAACUUCCUGGCAACAGUUAUCGUUUGGUCUGCAGCUGUCGGGCUUGCAUGGGUCAUCGUGGCCUAUGUCGUCGAUCAGGACCUCCUGAUACUGGGGCGGAAGGAGUACGGAACUCCGUACAGGAACUGUGUCUUGGUUGCUUGGGGCUAUGUUGCGCAGCAGAGGCUCAUGUGGGCCAAGCUGAGCUUUCUACUUGGCGUUUAUGUCGUGACAUUCCUGGGUUGCCUACUGCAUGGUGUGCGCCAGCGGCGCCUUUUCCAGCAGAGCAACGUGACUUGGCUUGGCACUGCUGCUUCCAAAUUUGUGCUGACGCGGACAAGUUCUGCCUUCUUUGCUUUUGCGGCAUUGGUGAAAGGUCUACCAGAGGUUCGUGCAUCAGAGGCCAUGCAAGUCCAGGCUUCAGGACAGCCGGUAUUGGGAGUUUCCGAGCCUUGUAUGCACUUUAUGGCGCUCUGCUCCAACGGCUCCCUCGACGCCCUCGGGCACGACUGGGCAGCAAUUGGGCCCAAGACGUUACCGGAGCUUGCCCAGCUACACGCAUCAAGCGAUGGCGAUGCCUGGCUAAUGUUGGUGGGCGGUGAGCACGGAGGACACUGCUCGCUACAGUGGGUGGGGCAGGUGUACUCCAGGCUGUUGCCCUUCUUCGGCAAAAACCGUGUGUUGGUCAUUGCGCAGCUCAAAGAGACGCUGCAGUGGCUGACGGAAGCCAGCCGAGAUGCCGAAGCGGCAGAAAGGCUGGCAGGGCGGUCGUCGCUCUUGCCCAUGUUGCGACAACAGCUGGUCGAAACAACCGAAUCAUGCCGGGAGCUCUUAGCCAAUGGCGGCGCUGACUAUGAUGGCUCGGACGUCAACCCGGCCACGGUCUUGCGCGUUUUGCGGGGCGAUGCUGGCAAGACCUCUCAGCCAUCUCAGCCUGUGGUUCCCCAACGUGGAGUCAAGUCCCUCUUGCUGAUCUUGAUCAGUCAUGGCCACGCACACCCUGCCGGGCCAGAGACGAAGCACCACGAAUGGUAUAUGCACCUGCCAUACCCGGUUCCUGACAGUGAGGCCUCACUGUACGAGGUGGUCUCACACGAAGGCGACGAGUUCAGAGAUGUGGUGUGCUUGGAAAUACUCCUUUUGCAGCAAGAUUUCUCUUCGCAGCAAGACCCGCAUCCCGACUGGGACUGGGGAGCUCCAAAGCACCGCUGGCGCCUGUACUCGCAGAUGCUCUUCCAAGCCUACCACUCCGUCCUGGAACAGUCGCCGCAAAGGCGGAUGGUGGUCUUCCACCAGUUUUGCUUGUCGGGUGGAGCUGUGGAGUUCAUGCGGCGCCCCGGUUACCGCCGCUACUUCGGGACCCGCUACUGGCCAGUGUUCGCUGUGACCACGGCAGGAUGCUUCGAGCCGGCCUUGGGCAGCUUCGUUGGGAUUUGGAGUGAGGAGCUGCAGCGCGGAUUGGAGUUGGGAGGCCGCCAGAGCCUGCAGGACCUUCAAGGACAGGCAGAGAGCCGGUACUGGGAGGACAACUCGGGCUUGAAGAAAGAGAACGAUCGCAUCCUAGCAUCGCGCGAGGAUGGCGGUGAGUCAGUGGAUAGCACAGAUGGCACGGUGGAUGGUACUGUGGGCUCUGUGGGCUGUGAGUCGGGCUUUGACAGCAAGUCUGGGCAAGAGAUGGCAGCAUUACCCAUCUCUGAGCUUGUGAACUUCGUGAACUUUUUGAGCGAUGCUUCGCAGGAGCAGGUGAAGGCUUUGAUGCGUGACACGAGCGACUCGGAGGCAGAGCCUCCAGGCCAACCAGCGAGUCUGGAGCCUGAAGGCUGCUGCAGAACAUACCAUCAAGUCGCACAGCUGCAUACUGUAUGCCCAAGUUUACUGCCAAGAAAUGCGUCUGUCAUCAGAGCAGUGACUUUGGGGCAAGGUGCGGAGGCAUUCGUGGUUUUCGACACUCGCUCUGCUCGCGAUAGUGCACUUGCAACACUGCCGGAGACCUUUCAGUUCCGAGGUCUUUUCUGCAUUGCUGCUGGCUUGACCACGUGGGCAUGCGUCUUUUACUUACCCUAUGCCUGGUCUGUCCUCACUUUUAACUACGAGGGUGGGCGGCAGCCUGGGCUCGUCUACAGCCUUUGCUUCUCUCUGAUCGUCGUGGUGGGCAAUGCUUCUAUGUAUGAGAUCUGCGCGCGAGUGUCCGACAAUGUCGGCUUCAAGUACAAAGAGACACGGGAAGCAUGCUACAUGAUCUUGUAUUUGGUCUCGGUAUCGCUCAACAUAAUUUUGGAUCUUGCGAUGACAUACCAGAUGUCGUUUGCGAUCAUGGUCCACAUGGGCUUUCGCACACAUGAUGGGACGCCGCUGUCAAAGCUCCCGUACUUUGUCGAGCGCUUCGAGGCUUAUGCCAUCCAGCGUGCGAUGGGGCAAAAUUUGUACGAGUAUGCCUUUCCUUCGACGUUUCUUCUGCCAUUUGUUUUCGAGCCGUUCGUGACCAUCUAUGGGCUCCUCCGUGCGGGCAUCUUGCUGGUGCGCUCACAUCCGGAGAUGAGCCCAAUGCUUGCCACGGCAUUGCUUUCAGCCAAUGAUUUCGAGUUUGGCCGCUAUGCCGAUACGCUCUUGAAUGUCUUUCUGGCAGUGAUGAUGUUCUUCUUUCCAGGCGGUUACACGCAUUGGAUCUUCUUUAUGCUGGCCAUCUGUCAGGUACUGCACCCCUUCUUGGAGAGUUGGCGGAGGAAUCCCAGGUUCAGCACGGCUGUUCUAAGCCGGCUGGCGAAGCGGAAGCAGGCUGCCCUUGCCCAACAGGUCCUUCGUGCAAUGCAGGGCAGUGAUGUGAAGUUGAAUGUCUACCACUGCAGCUCAGCCAUCAGUGCGCUAGAGAAGAUCAAUGACUGGUGCGGUGCUUUGAAGCUGCUUGAAGACAUGAUCCGCUGGAAUGUGCCGCCGAAUACUAUGAGCUACAAUGCCUCCAUCAGUGCGUGCGAGAAAUGUGGUGAGUGGCAGCAAGCCCUGUGGCUGCUGCACAGAAUGCAAGCUGCCCAGGCGGAAGCGGAUGUCAUAAGCUACAACUCGUGCAUUAGCGCUUGUGGGAAGGCAGCUCACUGGCAAGAGGCGGUACAUCUGUUGGAGGCGCUUGUCCAGCAAGAUUCUCCAGAUAGCAUCAGCUUCAAUGCUGCCAUCACUGCUUGCGAGAAGGGUGCCCAGUGGCCGCGAGCGCUCAUGCUUCUACACGGAAUGCCGUCGCACCUUCCAAACGUCACCACAUACAAUGCCACGAUCAGUGCUUGCGAAAAAGGGGGUCGUGCUGAGCACGCUAUAUGUUUGCUUGAUGAGAUGAUUGACCGCUCACUGCCUCCAGAUGUGAUCUCGUACAGCGCUGUUGUCAGUGCCUGUGAGAAGGACUGGCGAUGGCAGGAUGUGCUUCAACUCUUGGCGGUCAUGAAUCAUUGCAGGAUACUGCCGAACCUCAUUACCUUCAAUGCUGCCAUAAGCAGCUGUGCAAAAGCAGGUAAGUGGUUCAUCGCUUUGGAGCUGCUUAGGGGCAUGGCAAAAGUUGAAGUGCGGGCCGACGUGAUCAGCUACAACUCCCUGAUCCAUGGCUUCUCCAUCAUGGCGUAUUGGCAGCGUGCGCUGGACACUCUUGAAUGCAUGGAUCUUCUGCGCAUUGCGCCCACGACAAUCACCAUCAAUGCAGCCAUGAGUGCGUGCGACAUGGGUGGCCACGCAGUGUGGUCGAUCCAUAUUUACGAGAGGUUGUUUCAGGCGAUCACUCCGAACCCCGUCUCCUACGCCGUGGCCGCCAAGGCUUACGAGACGCUGGGAGAUUGGGCCAAGGCCGUGUUCCGGUUUGCACUCAGGAUGGAAAGUUGUUGUGGCGGUGUAGACUGCAGCUUCAUGGGCUUUCGGUGGUCGCCACGCAUCCCUGAAUAG